CAGUGUCAGAUGUUAUAUAUUAUAGUAAACAUAAUACAAAGACUAAAUAAAUACAUACAGACAUUUAGGCUGGAGGCCCACAGUGUAUACAAGCCAUGACAACCAAAGGGGAUUACUAGAAGACCGUGAAGGCAACAGUUACCAUGACAACAGUACACAGAGGAGCAGCCCAGCUUGAAGAUCAGUGUUGGGAGCUGAUUUGCUCAAGUUUUUAUGUGUAUUAACUGCAUUAUCAGACGCAGCCAAAUUAAACACUGAACCAGUGCAGCGCCAAAUGUCAUAAGCAACCUCAGAGAUGUCUUCACCACAACCAAAAGGACCAGAGAUUUCUUCAGGCAGCCUUGUUGUUUCAGAGAAUGAUAGUGCUGCCAAAUCACAUAAACCAGACAUGAGAAGGAGGAGGGAGACACGACAGAGUCCAUUCAAAGUGCCAGAUGAUAAUAGCAUCUUUCUACUGAGCGUAAAUGAAAAAGGGGACCGAAAAGAGGAGAUGCGUAAAUUCCUGGCUCUGCCAAUUGAUCAGAAGACAGCCAACAAUGUUCGAAUGAUGGCCAAGCUGAGGAAAGAGCUUUCAGGACAGCCAGAGGCGGAGGAGGAGGAAAAGGAGAAGAUGAAGAGUCUAAAACAAACCAAGAGUAAGACAGCUCUCCCUAAACAAACACCCGGGAGACAUGAGCUGAAGAUGGCCAUGAUGAAACGAGAAAACAUUAUCAAAGACAGCAAACAUGACUUAAUCUCUAUGGAACGACAGAAGGCAGUGUUGGAGUUAUCUCUCAUGACAAAGAGGUCCGAGAUUUUGAAGAUGGACAAGGCCAUGGCAAAAGAGGAGAGACAGCUGAAACAGCUCGAAAAGAUCAUUGACAGAGACAACCUUCACUUCGAACAAUUCCUCAAGGAGAACGAAAAGAAAUCUGUGGAGGCCAGAACAUUUUUUGAACAGGAGGCCAAGUCCAAACAGGAGAAGAAUGCUGAGAUCAAGAAACUGACAGCCGAAAUAGGAAUAAUAGAAAGUGAGCUCGCCAAUUUUGAAGAAAUCCUACAAGACUACAAGAGAUACAAGGAGCUUCUGUUCAAGUUGUCUCCUCCAGAGUGGCAGGAGGCCCAGAGGGACAAGGCUUGGCAAGCUAACGUCCUGUCUGAUGGAAAUGCUCCGAAUGAGCAGAGCAUGGAGCCUGAGGAGUCAGCACUGAGGCAGGAUUUGGAGAGCAAGGCAUCCAGUCCAGGUCGAGAGCUGCCUUCUAUCAGAGAGUCCAGGCUGUCCUCUGCACAGAGCAGCAGGUCCUCAGCCCACACGGACACACAGGUCAUACAUUCCAAACUGGACAGUGACUCCGAAUAUGAGGAUGAGCCAGAGCUGUACUUCACUGAUCCCCAGCAGCUUCUAGAUCUGGUGACGGAGCUGACGGAGCAGAACUUGUCCCUGAUUCAGAACUCCACAAGGGUGGAAGAGAAACUGGAGGAGCUCCGACAGUCCAUGGAGAUAACCAAGAAGAAGAUUGAAAAGGAUGAAGAGCAGCUAACACUGCAGAUAAACGACGUGAUCCAGAGAAUUGACAAGGAGAAGGCAAGAGCUGCAAAGCUGGAGCAGAGAGUUCAGCUCCAUGUUUCGUUGAACAUAGAAGACCAGGACGUAAUGUUGGAUGCUCUUGGGGAGAAGGUGGCCGAGGUGCAUCGCUGCUGCGUGGAUGACAGGGUGACCAACCUCAGCACAUUAGAAAAGCUGGCCAGUAUUGAGAACCAUAUGUCUUUGCUGCUGCAGAGCCUUGACAGCAUCCCUGAAGAAAGCUUGGAGAUGAUGAAGAAGGUCAAGGACAGCGAGAGGAGGAGCAGGCAGCGUGAAGAGAAGCUGAAAGAGCAGAGAGAGAAACAGAAAGAAAGGAUGAAGAGAUACUUGGAGAGAUCCAUGGCUGAUUCCAAGAAAACAAGUGGAAAAAAGCUGAUGCCCAGAUGCAUCCCUGUCGCCCAGAAGGUCAGAGUCAGCAAUGUGGACAACAUUCCUGCUGAGGAUGAGAUCCAUGCCUACCUCUUCACCUCUGAGGACAUAGAUUAAAGAAAAUAGCGGAGAGAAAAAAAUAAUAAAUCAUGCAAUCAUGCCAUGUGAAAAUGAAUCAACAUUGUGCAUCUGGUACAUCACACUCAUGACAAAACAUGACAUCAGACAGAUUUAUUGUACAAUA